AAUAUAGAUAAUUUAGUUUUUAUAUAUUUCCAUACAGCACAGAUUGGUUAGAGAAACAGAAAGUAGUUUUUUCAAUAUUGAGAAGAAAUUAUUUCAUUGAAGAUUAUAGGAUAAGCUAGGAUGCAUUGUGUAGUUUUUUGUGUGCAUUGGAAUACAAAUAUAAUAAGAGAGGCAAUUAAUUUCAUAAUUAUGAUCAUGGAGUAACAGUUAUGCAAUGUACACAUGCUAUCAGUUUGGAAAUAAUGAAAACAUAAUAUGCUCAUUUACUGAAUUAAUUCACUAAAUUUGUAUUGAUUCUAUCUGGAUUGUGUCAUGAUGUAUCUCAUACAGGAAGAACAAACAUUUUUGAGAUCAACAGUUUGUCAAAUUUGACUAUUAGAUAUCACGAUAGAAGUGUGUUGGAGUAACAUCACGCAGCUACUUCAAUCAAAUUGUUAUGUGCUCCUUCAACAAAUAUUAUUCCUAAUUUUACAUCAGUUGAAUUCAGAGAUUUUCGCAAACUCUUUAUUUCCAAUAUUCUAUACACAGAUAUAACUGAGCAUUUUAAUUUAAUCAAAAACUUUGAAGCCAGAAUCAAAGAACUAAACUUUGGAACUGAAGAUGACAUCAAAUUAAUGACAGGUAUGAUUAUUCAUACAUCUGACUUCACUGGAGGAGCCAUAACCAUUUAAUUUGAAGUGAAUAUGGAAUUCUAGGAACAAUAUAAUUUGGAAGGUAAAUUUGGAUAUCCUCAAUUGCCAUACAUGAAAGAUUUAGAUUAAUAACCAAUUAUGGCCAAGUCUGAAGUCGGAUUUUUUAAAUUCAUUGUACGACCACUUUGGUCUAUCAUGUCAAAGUUUGCUGAAGACAGGUUGCAAAAAAGUGUUGAAAAUCUUGAAUAAACUAUUUUAGAAUGGGAGAAAUUGAUGAAUAAUUGA